GAUCAGAAUCAUAGUACAGCACAGGAGUUCGACGAGUACAAAUCAAUACACCACAGUACAGUAGGACGAAAAAGUCAGUGUACAGUCAGUUUAACUUGAGAGUAAAAUCCUUCGAAAACACAUACAAAAUGUUCACUUUGUUCGGUCUAUUCAUCAUCGGUUUGGGUGCCACUACCGCCAUCGAAUUGGGACAUGCACCACUCUUGCUCAAGCCGGCGCUAGUCAAGACCGUCGAAGUCGAAGCACCAGCUCACUAUGAGUUCUCCUAUUCGGUGCGCGAUGAUCACACCGGUGACAUUAAGAGCCAAACGGAAUCCCGUAAAGGCGAUGUGGUGCAAGGACAAUAUUCAUUAGUCGAUGCUGAUGGCUAUCUACGCACCGUUGAUUAUACAUCCGAUGCCCACAAUGGCUUCAAUGCUUUAGUGCGUCGUGAUCCACUUGGUCAAAAGGUGGUUAAGGCUAUUGCACCGGUAGCCAAAGUACUCGCACCCAUUGCCAUAGCACCGAAAUUACCAUUGCUCUCCUUGGGUCUGGGGGGUAAGUACUGAGCAUAGUCAAUGGCAAUGAAGCGACUUCGUACGAUUAGCAACACAGUUGGUUGAACGAGCAGUUGAUUCAGCACAUUGUCACACAACCAAAUCAUUGAGAAAUCAUUAAGCAAUGCAUCAUCUUUUGUUAAACAAAUCAAUUCUACGGGUAGUUUACAUUUAAAUAUAUAUAUACCAUACAUGUAUAAACGUCAUAUCUAGAUUUUUUUAAGUUCACUACAUUUUGAAUAUUCACGCGUCAACCACGAAACACUACAUACAAAUACACAAACAAUUUUAAGUUGAAUACUUUUUUAUUUGAAAACACCACCGCAGCAAUAUUCAAGCAAUCAUUAGCGACUCCUGUAGGUACACUAAGCGUGCCACAUCAGGCACGUGACCCUUCUGGUCAGCAUUAACCUUUAGGCUCAACACGUUCUACUCUUACAUUCACAUAUAACAUGUUAGCACAGUUUUUGAUUUUCGUUCGUUCGAUAUCACGUCUUAAGAAUCGCCCGAUUGCGCUCCUGUUUCUGCGAUAUAUUGAGUUACUAGUGCCGCAGCAUCAUCGACAGUGUUUUUGUUUUUCGUUUUAGUUCAUUUCAUUAUUCUAACAUUUAUGAAACACUGCUUUGUUUAAAUUUCCAUAACACUUCUAUAUUUCACUUAACAGUAAAGCUAUUGUAUGUUAACUUGUUAUAAAUAUGUUUACACAUAAAAUUAUUUGCAAUUUGCUGUAUAGAAAGCACUUUAUGCAUUUUGAAAUAAAACUAGAAUGCGAUUAU